CAAAAUCAAAUUUCUGCUUGUUCAAAAUGAAGUAAACAGAUAAGACAUGAAGCAAUCUUUGCCCCUUUAUCUCUCUUUCACAUUGUAGACACAAAAACAGUCCAAUCUGACUCAACAUUAAAGUCAGAGUGCCACUCUGAUUUAAGGUCUUAAUGGUCUGUCAGUGUUGUGGUGCAAGAUCAGUUAUGAAACCCUGCAGACGUGCAUACAUGCACUGUGACCAUGUUUAACACACAAAAGUGUAACAUCAGUUGAAAGAGAUCAUCUGUGCGCAUAAUGAAAAUAAGCCUUCUUUCCUUCCUCCACCCUCCACCGUCUCUGUGUCUCCUCUUGCCUCCGUCAGCCACACACUGUGUGCUAAAUGGCUGACUGUCCUGUAAUCCACAGCACUGCAAGCCUAUAAUCCAGACCGAUCAAAGGUUGAGAUUACCAGAGAGGGUGGGAUAGUCCAGAGCUGCAGACAGGAGGACAGUGAGAGAGUGUCGAUGCAAGACAGGCAGGGAUUGGUGCACACAAAUAGCCAGCCAAUCACAGAGGAGGCAAGGAAAAUAACAAGGCAAAGGGAGAGCUGGUGAAAGAGGGAAGAGCUAUGAAAAAGCGAGGGAGAAGGUGAAAUCACAGCAGCACAGAGACUAGAGACCAAACAAGGAGGAGAGGAAGGAUGAGUGGAGGAAAGAGCGCUGAUCAGUGAGGUCUCCAGAGGGGGAGAAGGAGAUGAGCAGGGAGAGGAGGGUGAGCAGCCAGCACAGAAAACAUCCAUCAGCGCAGGCAGCCAUGCUCUGAGCCCUGGAGCAGAAGGGCUACGCAGACACUGCACAGGCCCAGCAUCAGGCCUAGCUCAGCCCUCCAUCCCAGCCGUAAACAGCGAGGCAGGGACAAAAGAAGAUUCUCCACGUAUCAGCUGUGCAUAAGAGCCAUGAGGACAGCCAGGAAGGGAAGUGUGGAGAUGCCUGCGUUUGUGCGGCAGCUGGUGAAAGAGACUGAAAAGAGGGUCAGCUCUUUCUUCAAAGGGGGCCGUGGAGGAGCAGCAGAGGGAGAGCAGCCAGGGGAGGGGGAGAAGGAGGAGGUCAUCCCCAGCCCCUAUCUGGACCGGCCGGUCUUGGACAAGCUGACAGAGGAGGGCUGCGCCCGCUGGGGCCUCACCUACGCUCUGGGAAGCAUGCAGGGCUGGAGGGCCAACAUGGAGGACUUCCACAACUGUGUGCCACAGCUUGGUGGAGAGCUGGCCGACUGGAGCUUCUUCGCUGUGUUUGAUGGUCAUGCAGGCAGCACGGUGGCACAAUAUUGCUCCCAGCACCUCCUGGGUCACAUGCUGGCAACAGGUGGAAUGGGACCAGAGGACGACCCCGAAAAGGUGAAAGGAGCCAUCAUAGAGGGCUUCCUGCAAACAGACAAGCACCUGCACUCUGUGGCACGUCGUGAAGGCUGGGAGAGAGGUGGCACCACCGUUGUGGCCACUCUCAUCUCACCGUAUUACAUCUACUUCGCCAACUGUGGUGACUCGAGGGCCAUGCUGUGUCGCUCUGGUCAGGUUUGCUUCUCCACUGAGGACCACAAACCUUACUGCCCUCUGGAGAAAGAGCGUAUUGAGAGUGCAGGAGGUUCUGUCUCCAUCCAACGGAUCAAUGGCUCCUUGGCAGUCUCCCGUGCCCUGGGAGACUUCAGCUACAAGGGGGCAGAGAACCGGACGCCCAGCCAGCAGAUGGUCUCACCAGAGCCAGAGGUGUGUGUAGUGGAGCGCUCACCAGCAGAUGAGUUCCUGGUGCUCGCCUGCGACGGGGUGUGGGACACCAUCAGUAACGAGGAGCUGUGCGCCUUCAUCCACAACCGGUUGCGUGUCUGCACUGACCUGAGGGAUGUCUGCACUCAAGUCAUUGACCUCUGUCUCUAUAAGGGCAGCUUGGACAACAUCAGUAUCAUCCUGCUGUGCUUCCCUGGAGCCCCCCAGCUGUCAGCAGAGGCACUACACCAGGAGGCCGAGCUGGAGGACCUGCUGGAGUCCAAAGUAGCAGAGAUUUAUGAUGAGCUGUGUGCCAGGGGAGAGGAGCCUGACCUGUUGUCUGUCCUCACAAUCCUCGCAUCCACCGUCAUCCCUGGAUUACCACCAGGUGGAGGCAUACAGAGCAAAAGGAACUGCAUUAUUUCUGCUUACUAUCAACAAAGAGAGACGCACAAGCCCACAGUACCUAAUGGACUGGGAGGCUCCUGAGAAGCCCAGCUGGGUUUUGCCACAAAGGAUCCAUGGAGGGACUGUAAUUAAUGUCAGUAUUAAAACUGUUUUCUUCAUGUGUGUAAUUUGACAAAAAGGGAGAUAACGAACAGACAGGGGUGUUUGUUUACAUCAUGCUAGCAAGCAGCAUCUUGUCAGAACAAAUACAAUGCAAAAAUAGAGGUAAUAAAGCCUGAUACAUUUUAUAUUUAUACAAGAAGGACAUUUUGUAAAACUUACUCAGAGA